AAUGGGAUGCGCCUGGAAUGGGAUUGACUCUCAUACCACCGUACUGAGAAGAGACAGAAUCACCAGGCAGGUCCCAGCCCUACCCCGCAGACACCUGUUAGGGAGGGCAAGGGGAGGCGCAUCUUCCGCCAGAUUAAUACGAGGACAUUGCUGGCUCCCUUUGGGGAGCACGGGGAAAGUGCACAGUGUGCUGCAUUCCUCCCUCUGGCUGGGGAGGACGGGGCAGACGAGCUGUGCACUUUGCUCUCGUUCUCUGGCAGGGACAAGAAGAGGAAGAGCAAGUGGCCCUGAUCUAUCUGCAUGUAAAUUGUGCAAAGAUGGACAGUGAAGUGCAGAGGGAUGGAAGAAUCCUGGAUUUGAUCGAUGAUGCAUGGAGAGAAGAUAAAUUACCAUACGAGGAUGUAGCAAUACCUUUGAACGAACUUCCUGAACCAGAACAAGACAAUGGUGGUACAACAGAGUCCGUAAAAGAACAAGAAAUGAAAUGGACAGACUUGGCUUUGCAGUAUCUUCAUGAAAAUGUUCCCCCAACAGGAAACUAGUAAAUCAGUGUUAUUUCAUGGAAUUAUUUCAAUGCAAGAAGACGGUUUCCAGCAGAUCCUCACCAUCUCCUGUCUCACUGCUUUAACGAGUCAAAACUUUUAAAAAACCUUCUGGUCUCAAACAGCUGUUGUAUUCCACAAAAGCACAUUACAGUUUAAAAGGCCCCAUGUGACUGAUGUAAAAUAACUAUGACAUACCCUAAAACUGAGAGGAGGUGGCCGAGUGCUUUUUCACAAAUGCAAAAAAUUCUGGAGUCCUGUUGACAACUUCUUUAUAAGUUGGUGCCAGUUCGUUUAAUCUUAAUUGCUUUUUGUGUAUGAUCAGAGAGGUAGUUAUCACUACCUGAAAACUGAUCAUUGAUCUCAGAAGUGAUUUGGUGAAUUUUUGUGGUGGCUUUGAUGUUUUAUAGACCCAAAGCUAUUCUUUUAUAUUUGGGAGCUACUGUUAGAGUUAGAAAGCAACUACCAACCAACUUUUACAGCCUUUAACUAGCCUGACACAGGAAGGACAGAGAAAAAGGUUAAUGAACAGGAGAUUAAGGAAUUGAAAUUUGUCUGUAGACACAAAUGACGAUGGGAAAAGAAAUUCUUUAUAAAGAAAGCAGCCUAGGAGAUUGCCGAUUCUGGUUGGAGCACAUUCCUAAUGCUGACAUCCUGUGGUAUGUUUGCUAACCUGCAUACUGUAAAAGAACACAAUUUAUAUUAAAAAGCUUUGUUAGUGGUGA